AUGAAGGUCGCUACAAGUCUUUCUGCGCUGUCUAUGCUGGCUGCAGCCGAAGCAGCCGAGACUGUUCUCGGAGCGUACAUUUUCCACCGCCAUGGAGAUCGCACGCCCAAGGCUCUUGCGCCUACCAACCUAACUGCUCUGGGAUACGAGCAGGUCUAUACUUCGGGCCAGUACUACCGCUCGAGGUACUUGUCGGGCAGCUCGAAGAUCCGUGGUAUCAAUGAGGACGAGGUCAAGCUUUCUCAGCUCGCAGUCACGGCGCCUGUCGACAAUGUGCUGCAGAAUUCUGCUAUGGGCUUCUUGCAGGGAUUGUACCCACCUGUGCAGACUGUGCAGACUCUUGCGAAUGGACAAAACGUUCAGGCGCCUAUGGAUGGGUACCAAUUGAUCCCCGUCAACACCAUUCAGACGGGCUCUGGAUCCGAAGAUGCAGGUUGGCUGCAAGAUGCAUCAAGCUGCCAAGCCGCAAAGACCAGCUCCAACAGCUUCUUCUCUAGCACAGAAUACAAAGACCUUUCCUCCAGCACGAAGGACCUCUACGCUUCUAUCGUACCCGCAAUCAACAACAUCAUCCCCGCCGACCAAAUCUCUUUCAAAAAUGGAUAUGUCGUCUAUGAUAUCCUCAACGUCGCGUCCAUACACAACACAUCCUCUCCUUCUAUGCCUUCAAACUCUACAUUGAACACCCUCCGCACCCUCGCAGACGCCCACGAAUGGCACCUCGCCUUCAACGCCUCCGACCCCAUGCGCGCCGUCGCAGGCAUGCAACUCGCUGGCGAAAUCCUGUCGCACAUGAAUGGCAUCAUUUCCUCGCAGGGCGCACGCAAACUCGGCGUCCAAUUCGGCGCCUACGCGACGUUCAUGUCAUUUUUCGGCCUCACAGACUUACCCUCUGCGAGUCAGAAUUUCAUGGGCAUCGUAGACUACGCGAGUAGUUUGGUGCUGGAGAUGUUCACUGAGAAGGACGUUGGAGAGGGAUUCCCCAGUGAGCAAGAUCUGCAGAUUCGGUUCCUGUUUCACAACGGCACCGCGUCUAAUGUGAGUGAACCGUCUGUGUAUCCGCUUUUCGGCGGUGCCAACGAGGCGCUCAUGUGGACGGAUUUCCAGUCCAAGAUGCGCGACUUUGCGAUCGGUUCCACACAGCAGUGGUGCGAAAAGUGUGGGAAUGAAACGGGAGGUUGUGCGGCGUUCGCGGCGAAGACAGAAUCGGCGGCACAGGGAGGGAAAGGGGGGUUGAGGUUGAGCCCGGCGAUUGGAGGUGUUAUUGGCGCGUUUGUCACGCUGGCUGUUGUGCUGGGGACACUUGCGGGAGUCAUGUUGGUUGGGGGGUUUACGCUUGUGAGUAAGAAGAGAGUGAAGGGAGUGCAGGAGGUAAGUGUUGAGACGAAGGCUUAG